AUGCUGGCACUGGUGGUCAUGCUUGAGGCAAACAGCUUGGAGUUAGUCGUGACUCGAUUUAUUCCUGCCAUGUGUUUCUGUUGCCUUCUCUGCACUGUCCUUGGCUCAGGUUUCACUGAAUUCAAUCAACGAAACAGGUGGAGCCGAUCUCAUGGUUUCUGUGUCCUGGGCGAUCUCCGGCCGAGCCAUAGCCACCUUGGCUGUGGAGCAGGUGGAGGGCGCGUCGGUGAAAUCCCUCAAGACCGUGUUGGCCAAGCAGACUGGAGUCUCAAGGUUCCGGCAAAGAUCUUUUUUCCGAAGAUGGACAACCAUUGGAUGACGAGGAGAGGACGCCUGGAGGACGCGCUGUGGACGACCAUCAUGACCGUCCCGAAAAAGCAGGUGAUCCUCCUGUUCCUUUCCAGUUGA